GCCCCGCUCGGCGCGGCCGCUGGGGAUUCCCCCGGGUGGGCGUGGGGGAAGUCCCGGGGCCAGCGGCUACAAAGCGGGCCGCGCCGAGCGCCGCGCUCCCCACUCGAUAGCGCCCAGCCAUGGCCUGCGCCCCUCGGUGCGUGUCCCCCGCUUCCCGCCGGAGGUCCCCGCUGCUCCCGCUGGCCCUGGCCGCGCUCUGGCUGCCCCUUGCAGCAGGCAGCCCGGCGCCCGCCGUGCUGGAGGUGACCGUGGCCUGCGCCGCGGACGUGGCCUUGCCCUGCACCGCCCCCCGGGACCCGCAGGGGUCCUACUCCGUCUCCUGGGCCAAGCUGGGGGAAGAUGGUGAGGAGAGGAUGGAGCACCGGAAGGGAGUACCGGCCCACGCUCAGCACCAGCAGAAGUCUGUGGAGGCUCCGAGGAAAAGUCUGUAUUUCCUAAAGAUCCAAAAUGCUACAGGCUGUGACUCGGGCACCUACCGAUGCACCCUGGAGGAACGCGACGGGCUGAGGAACCGGAGUGGCACGGUGACCCUGAGAGUGACAGGAUGCCCCAAGGAACACAGAGAAGAUAAUUUUAACAAGUACAGAGCUGAUAUAAUCCUGUUGGUGGUGCUGGUCAUUUUCUACCUAACGCUCAUCAUUUUCACAUGUAAGUUUGCACGCCAUCAGAGUAUUUUUCCAGAUUUUUCUAAACCUGCCAUGGAACAGGGUUUUCUCCCUGUCACCUCCACAAAUAAGCAUCUGGAACCAGUGAUGGCCUUCAAGGUAGAACCUGUCUGAGAAGGAUUU